AUGGCAGACGACAAGCCUCAAGACAAGCCGUGUACCAUCACCCUCGAGGACGGCACGUUCUACGACCUCAACUCUCUCAGUACACCAAAGGCCGACUACGAGGCGGACGCCGGCGACGUCCAGGGCAAUCUGGUAUACAAGCUCAAUGUGUGCCGCGCCGUCGUGAGCGAGCCGUGGAACGUCGACGAUGCGUCUACAGUAGGCGGAUUCAUCAACGGCCGCGGGCAAGGUGACUUCUCACUUGGCGCCUUCUCCACCAACCUCACAAUCUCCCCGACCACCCACGAGCCCAUGCUCAUCUACGAGAACGGGUCAAAGUGCCCGGGCAACGAGAACGAGCGCGCAUCAACAGUCAUUCGCUUUGUAUGCAGCCAGACCGACUUUGAGGCAGGCAAGCCGCGGCUCGUGGCAGCCGUGCCUGCCGGGGACAAGGCAUGCCACUUCUUCUUCGACUGGCACACGCACGUCGCGUGCCCCACCAACCACAAGACGGACCUCGAGAGCGCGCACAUCUGGGCGUUUGUCGGAUUCGUCGCCGUCGCCAUCUUGACGUGGUUUGGCGGACACACCCUUUACAAUCGGUUCUACCUCAAGCGCAGCGGCAUGGACAUUUUCCCCUUCCCCAAGUGUCACCGCCCGCCCGGCGUGCGCUUGCCGCAGCCCAUCUCGUCUUCUGAUGGCUCCGCGCAGCCGCGACGUUCGUGGUCCGCGCCCUGGAAACGCCGGUCUCAGCGCGCGGGGUACAACCACCUGCGACAGGACCCAAACGAGGAGGACCACCUCGCUGCGCGCUUCUCGAUUGAUGACGACGAUGAUGACGACGAUGCACGAGUUCUGGGCGGGGAGAUGGAGGCGUGGCGCCAGAGUGGGGAGGAGGAGGCUGCGCGGCUGUCUUCGGCGUCGGACAGGGAGACGGUUGGCCUGCACCAGGGCCUUUCUCGAGCCGUACAGUGGACGUCGACCUCAUCGCACCGCUCAUCGCGCACACCACUCGCCAUGUUCCGUGCCCUCAGGCCCCUCCUCGCAAAGGCCCCCGCCGCGAGGCCACUCCGCCCCCUAGGCGUGAGCGCCCGCAACUAUGCCGACCAUGUAAACCAGCCCGACGGAGAGCGCCGCUUCACCCCGGUCCAGACCACUUCGGUCGAAGACCUGCACACGAUGAGCGCCGAGGAGAUUCUCUCCGAGGAGAUUGGCCCCAAGACGACGGCCGGCGGCAUGCGUCACUUCACUGUCAACUUCGGCCCCCAGCACCCCGCCGCGCACGGUGUGCUGCGUCUUAUCCUCGAGCUCAACGGAGAGGAGAUUCUCCGUGCCGACCCUCACAUCGGUCUCCUCCACCGCGGUACCGAGAAGCUGAUCGAGUACAAGAACUACACCCAGGCCCUCCCUUACUUUGACCGUCUCGACUACGUCUCCAUGAUGACCAACGAGCUGUCGUACACCCUCGCCGUCGAGAAGCUGCUCAACAUCGAGGUUCCCGAUCGUGCCAAGUGGAUCCGUACCCUCAUGGGCGAGAUCACGCGUGUCCUCAACCACUUGAUGGCCGUCCUCACGCACGCCAUGGACGUUGGUGCGCUGACGCCCUUCCUGUGGGGUUUCGAGGAGCGUGAGAAGCUCAUGGAGUUCUACGAGCGUGUCUCGGGUGCGCGUAUGCACGCGGCUUACGUCCGCCCCGGUGGUGUGGCGUUUGACCUGCCCCACGGUCUUCUGGACGACAUUUUCAAGUGGGCGACCCAGUUCUCCACCCGUGUCGACGAGAUCGAGGAGGUCCUCACCGCCAACCGUAUCUGGAAGGCGCGUACGAUCGGCAUUGGCAAGGUGACGGCGCAGGAGGCGCUCGACUACUCGUUCACCGGUGUCAUGCUCCGCGGCUCGGGUGUCCCUUGGGACAUUCGCAAGGUCGCGCCUUAUGACGCAUACGACCAGGUCGAGUUUGAUGUUCCCGUCGGCAAGAAUGGCGACUGUUACGACCGUUACAUGUGCCGUGUUCAGGAGUUCCGCGAGUCGCUCCGCAUCAUCAACCAGUGCCUCAACAAGAUGCCCACCGGCGCCUACAAGAUUGACGACCACAAGAUUGUGCCCCCGCCCCGUGCUACCAUGAAGGAGAGCAUGGAGGCACUCAUCCACCACUUCAAGCUCUUCUCUGAGGGCUACUCGGUUCCCCCCGGCGAGACGUACACGGCCAUCGAGGCGCCCAAGGGCGAGAUGGGUGUCUACCUCGUCUCGGACGGCACCAACCGCCCCUACCGCUGCAAGAUUCGCGCACCAGGCUUUGCCCACCUUGCCGGCGCAGACUUUAUGAUGCGCCACUCCUUCCUUCCCGACGCGGUCGCCAUCAUUGGUACCAUGGACCUCGUGUUCGGUGAGGUUGACCGGUAG